CCAGAGAUCGCGACGGUCUGGCUGGCGCAUGGUGUUCGCAUCGAUGCUGGCAUCAGUCAGUUUUCUGCUGCUAUGCCCUCAGCUAUGGCACCUUUCUGUUGCCUUCGUUGUGGUGUACCCUCCUAGCGACCAUGGCAGAGCCUCGCAUCGCUGGUUGUUCUCGGAAAGGGCAGCAGCGGCGGCCUUGCAGUGGGCAAGGGCGCCAACUACAGCCGUCCACGCCGACUCCCCGGGAAGAACGCAAGGCUCGCGAUGUCGAUGUCAUCCGCCCUCGUUCGACAGUAGUAGUAUUAGUAUUAGUAGUAGUAGUAGUAGUCGAGAGCGGAGAGCAUCGGAGGGGCGUGUGGUCGGCGGGGCCGGGAGGGGGAGGAGGACGAGACGUCGCAGUCGACAGCGCUUGCUGCAAGCGAGGCCGGGCAACGAGGUGGAUCCGCCGGAGAGAGAAGUGAUAGACGCCGAGUUCUCGGACGACUUCAGCAGGAUCGUCGAGGCGGACCGGGCCAGCAAGCGAAAGAAGCCCCGGGAGGAGAAGCCAGCUCCUCGCAAGAAGCCGGUGAAGACGGCAGCAGCGAAGAAGAGCACGGCCUCGGCCCCCGCCCCGGCCCCGGCUCCAUUCACGUUCGCGGGUUCCGGCUUCGCGUCCUUGGAAGAAGCGCUCGCAUCGGGGGAGUUCGCGGAUCUGUCGGGCGGGCGGGGGUCUUGCCUGAAGCGCGUGGACGAGGACGGCUUCGAAACCGACGGAAAUCCACCCAAAGGCUCCAAGAUCAAGGUGCACUACAAGAUGAAGGUUGUCGGCGGGGAGAACAUCGCGUCCAGUGGAGAAGACCGGACCAAGCCCUUCGAGUUUAGACUGGGCCGCUGGCCGAGCGAGGCGACCCACGGCUGGGACAAGGCCAUCUCGUCGAUGCACAGGGGGGAGGUCGCCACUCUCAUCUGUGGGCCCCAGUACGCCUUCGGUGCGGCCGGAGCGCCGCCCAGAAUCCCCCCAAACGCCACCGUCGAGACUCGCCUGGAGCUGGAGGGCUGGCUCGACCUUGCGGCGGAAUAUAACGCCGUCCCCGGAAAGGUGGAGACGGACGAGGAGCUGAGAGAGAGGUGGAGCGAGGACCUUGCGGACGGGACGAGCCCCAUGAAGGACGAAGCAGGGUUGAAUAAAAAAUUGCAGGCGGAGAUGUCCGCGAAAGCGAGCACUACCCCUGAGAACACUGACCACCGCGGCAAGAAGAUCUACGACCUCGAGAGCAAGGAGGCGCGCGAAAUCAUGGCGAAGCAAAAGGUGCAGGGGUACACGCCCGACUUUGGAUACGUGGAGAGGGCCAACUACCUCGACCUCUACAUCCCUGUCCCCUCUGGCACCCGAGCAAAGGACGUAACGGUGGAGAUCCACCCCGACCGCAUGGUCGUCGUGGUGAAGGGGACCGGAGUCGUGACCCAGGGGCACUUUCAGGGGAAGGUGGCCCUCGAUGGCUGCUACUGGCUCAUGUCCGAUCUCUCCCUGGACCCUCCCGGCUCGACGGCGCUCGGCACGCAGGACGACGAGGUUCGACAGGGGCCCGUGUACCGAGGAGAGACGUGCGUGCAGGUGUUCCUAGAGAAGAGGAAGCCGUUCGACACGCUGUGGGAGAACGUCUACCGACCACGGGAAGGUGGCGAUUGAUGGUGCUGCUGGUGGUAGUGAUCGAAACGGUGCUGCGGUGGAUGGCACGUGCAGGGCGACGACUUUUAUGCUGGGCGUUUUGGUGCAAGGGCGCUGCAUUGUCAGUUUCUUACGAGUGUAAUCACGAUUGACUGGUCCGUGAUUGAGGUUGGUUGACACCCACCUCGCAGUCUGAACUCAGUGUUGACAUGUCCAAAGUCGAAAACGGAAGCACGAGUUCGGGUGGUUGCCCAUGCACGAUGCUCGUCAAGAGCUUUUAUGGUGCAAUAGUUCAGCGACGAGGUGUGUUCGUACGCACCUCCGGAACCCUUGAUUGAUGUCCCAGAAGAACGGGUCGGCAGGUGAACAUGAUGAUGCGUGCCGUGGGGCGAUUUUUCUUUCAUCCCAGAGACGCACACUCGUGGACGGCGCUGUAUUUUUUGUCCGCUCUUCUUGGUUCAGAGGGUACAGCUUUAAGUAUUUUCUUGGCCGCUCCAGCAGUCAAAACCGCACUUACUUGAGAGUUGGUACCAGCGUCUGAUAGUUUUAUGACGAUCUCGAAUUUGAAUUUUGAUCACACCCUCGCAUGCGCCUGCCAACUACAACACUGCCAGCUAUCCGAUCCCCGUGCUGAAAUGCAACCAAACAUUCGUCCCGAUCCGUGCGACGCUGAGAUACGUGGCAGUGGCCGCUGCUGUACAAUUUCUGGCGUGCGUAGAGUUGAUGAAGUGGAGGAUGAUGUAGAGUGUUAUAGUAGUCUAUGGCUCU